UGCACAACAGAUGUGACAAGCGCCGGUUACUUCGAGUAUUCAACUUCGAUAUUCAAACUGAAAUCGAAUUAUUUUGUGAUUUUAUCAAGCUCUUCACGCUAAUUUCACUGCUUCCCAGAAUGGCGUCGGAAUCCCUCCAGUACGACGCCGCCCUCGGCGGCCCCAUCCGGCUGCCAGACCGCGUCGAUUCCGAGCGCUUCAACGAAGCUCGCCUGGCGGAGGUCAAACAGAUGCUGCGCACCGUCGCCAGCACGGAAAAUCAAACUAAGCUGAUGCAUCAAUCGCUGCCGCUGCACAUGCGACGCCGGGCCAUGUCGUACAACCCGAAGCGACUGCCGCGGCGGUUUCGCGCCAUCCACGUGGCCCAGUUUAGCCGGAGUGGGAUGCCGGAGAAGAAGCGGCGACCGUCGCGGAAGUUUCGGAGGAAGGCGAACAAUUUGCUGAAGGAGUACGAACGGCGGAAGAGGAGCAACGUUUGGCUGGAGACGCACGUUUGGCACGCCAAGCGGUUCCACAUGGUGGCCAAGUGGGGCUACAAGGUGCCGUAUAGUCCGACGCGGAAGGGUUACAGGGCCUGCUACCGGGCUACGGCGAAGCAUUGCUUGGUGCAGGAUGUGUCGUACUAUGGGUGCGUUGAGUUGCAGGGUGGGGAGGGGACGUUGAAGGAAUCGCUGAAGCGGUUCUGCAGCGAAAGGGCCGGGUUGACGAUUUGUGCCAAAGCUUUUGUGAGCGGGAAACGGAGUGGGAAUGUCUGGUUGUUUGAGCGCGAUCGAUAUCCGUUGGGCUGCGUUGGGAGGGUCAAGUUUGUGUGGAGGCCGGAGGUGGACGGGGAUGAUCGGAGAACGUUGUGGAUAUUUGCUCAUCCGGUGUUCUAUCGGAAGCUGGUCGAGAUGCUUGUUGAGACGUUUGGUUUAAGGAACGCGAAUAGAGAUGACGAACCGAUGGAGGUCGACCAAGUCACGAGGAAUGCGGGGAACCUUAGAACUCCCCGGUAUGAAAACAGUUCGAGUGGAGUGACGCUUCUGGAGCUGAAGGACACGUUGAACUACUUCCGGCUAACAGGACCGCUCGCGCAUGCCAUUUUGAGCAAGUCGUUAAAGAUCUACAACCCGUCAAAUCAAUCGGAGCAUUGGUUUCAGGACUGGUCGCAGGAUCUUCCCAACCUAAAGACGAUCAACGAGCAAAUUAAGUUCUGGGACAAAGCCAAAAAUCUCACCUCACCGGGUGAGGUAUCCUCAGGAACAACUAUAGGAUUGGUUAUCGCUGAUCCCCGCCUCAACCGACCUCGAAAACGUACCAAAGCACUUCCACCGGUGGUCACCGUGUCGCAGGAACCUCUCCCAGAACUAUCCUCGUACACUGCCAGCUCGCCAAUCUGGGACAAAUCGAUCCGCGAUCGAAUAACGCAAGAAAUGUUGUCAACACACCAGUUGAACGUUCGACGAACUCGGGAAUGUCUCGUCCCUGGAGAACCGUGUGCCUUCGAAUCCCAAGUGCAACCCAUCCCAAUCCUGUUGAUGCAGAACGCCGGCUCCCAGGACGGUGACUUCAAGCGGCUCGGCUACGGCGCCGGCUGGGACGUGAUCGUCCCGUCCGGAUACGGCCUCGUCUUCUGGCACACGCUCAUCCUUUGGGGCGCCAAACCCGCAGGCCUCAAAGAGUUCACCAUGCAAGCGAUCGAGUCCGGAAUCGACUCGGAACGCGUCCCGGACUCCGUACUCGGCCGUACCGAAUCCGACCUCGCCUUCGAAACCAACUGGAGCAGCUACUUCGCCAAGCCCAACAAUCGCCGCGUCAACUACAAAAAACUGGCCAUCGCAUCUCCCUUCCGAUGCCCCUGGCCACAACUCGUAACCGAAUGGAACCCCACCACCGACCACGACCUCUUCGUCCUCCGCGACGUCGAACAACUCAACAAGCUCACCCUGGCCCUGAACCGCCGCUUUAACAUCAAAUCCGUCCAACUCCCCCCGAACUGCCUCAUCCCCCUCCUCCUAACCCUCAAAACCCGCGGCAACCCCGGCGACAACGCCCUCAUCUGCCUGCCACACCGCACCGAUUUCAACCAAAACAAGAAGAACCGUGCCGCCAACGACCUCACCCCCGUCUACACGGAACCACUCCGCCGCGAUCCCCAACAACCCGAACGACUCGCCCUCCGACGCGCCCAUCUUGUCCUCCUGAAGCGACUUCGUGCGCGACGAAUCCGCGCCAAAAAGCGUCAACAGCGAGCCUCGCCCGGUCAGCUCGUUCGCAUCGCGAAACCCGCCACCGCGAACAUCAUUCGGGAGCAACUGGAAAAAAUGAGGGAACUCUGGCUGCCGGCGAAUCCGGAAUCGAUACGGAAUCAGUGCUCGCGGGAGUGCUUCGGCUAUGUGACGCAGUCCAGCUUUGCUUUGAGCGAGGGGCAGGUCACCGGGUUGGGGUACGUGACGGCGCGGGGGAUGGAGAAGCUGUUCAAGAUUUGUACGAAGGGGGCGUUCAAGGUGCUCGUGCGCGGGACCAAGUCGCGGUGCUACCGGUUUGCGAGUGUUAAGGUAAGAGUGGAGUAAGAUUGGAGGAGUGGGGGACGUAAUUUGUUAUGGAUAAUAAGAAAUUUAAUUCAGCGA